UGUGCUUAGGUAAUCUAAUUAGAAUUCUUCCCUUUAGGAUGUGGAGAUGCUUAAAGAUAAAAAAGAAAAUCAGCUCUUCAUUGAUUGAUCCUCUAAAAUUUUAAUCAAGCUCAGCUUCAAAAGAAAAGCUAGGGGCAAUGAGGAUGGAUCCUACAUAAAUGUACCAUGGAAUACACCUUCAAAAAAGUUAAUGUUCAUAUGAAUCGGUCUAAAGAAUGGAUUUGUUGGGAGAAAAGAGGACUUUUACAUUGACAAGACUAAUAAUCAGCCCUUCGGAGCGCAGUGCUGCCCGGUGCCCAUAGCCUCUGAAAUGUGAUCUCCCCCCUCCCUGAUUGGAUAGGAAUUGGGCUUUCCUUGAGAGCAGCUCUACACUGUGGCUGCUCAAAGCUCCAGCUGCUCUCUCCGCCUUUGCUGCCGCCUUUGCUGCUGCCGCCACUGCCGCGAAUGGAGUGAUGGAGCCCAAACGAGGCUGCUGGACCGCCUGCUUUCUCCUGGCUCUGUGGGUGCUCCCGGCUCUGUCCUGCCCUAGCCGUUGUCUAUGCUUUAAGAGCACCAUCCGCUGCAUGCACUUGAUGUUGGAUCACAUCCCUAAGGUGUCACAGCAGACCACGGUCCUGGAUUUGAGGUUUAACAGAAUACAAGAAAUUCCAACUGGUUCUUUUAAGAAACUCAAGAAUUUGAACACCUUGCUUCUGAACAACAACCAAAUCAGGAAGAUUUCCAGAAAUGCUUUUGAAGGCCUUGAAAACUUGCUCUAUCUGUACUUGUACAAGAAUGAAAUCCACACAAUAGAUGCUCAAGCAUUUAAAGGGCUUAUAUCCUUGGAGCAGCUGUAUAUUCAUUUCAACCAAAUAGAAACACUUCAGCCAGAAACCUUUGGAGACCUUCAGAAAUUGGAGCGACUAUUUCUGCACAACAAUAAAUUGUCUAAAAUUCCAUCUGGGAGUUUUUCUAAUCUGGAUUCACUGAAGAGAUUGCGCCUGGAUUCCAAUGCUCUCAUAUGUGACUGUGAUCUAACAUGGCUGGGACAACUUUUAAAAGGCUAUGCACAGACUGGCCACACUCAGGCAGCUGCAACCUGUGAAUAUCCCAGAAGUCUUCAAGGGAGAUCAAUUGUUUCCUUAGGACCUGAUGAAUUCAACUGUGAGAGACCUCGAAUUACCUUUGAGCCUCAAGAUGUGGAUGUCACUUCAGGGAACACUGUCUACUUCACCUGUCGGGCAGAAGGAAACCCCAAACCCAAGAUUAUUUGGCUACAUAACAACCACUCAUUGGACAUGAAAGAUAAUGCUCGACUGAAUUUACUUGAUGAUGGAACACUCAUGAUCCUGAACACAAGAGAGUCAGACCAAGGUGUAUAUCAGUGUAUGGCCAAGAAUUCUGCUGGGGAAGUCAAGACACAGAAUGCCAUCCUCAGAUACACCAGUCUUCCAACCAAGCCCAGUUUUGUAAUCCAACCUCAAGACACAGAGGUUCUCAUUGGCACCAGUGCAACUUUGGAAUGCAUGGCCACAGGCCAUCCUCAACCCCUUAUUGUUUGGACAAGAGGAAAAUCUGGCCCUCUGGAUGAAUCCAGGUAUAUCAUCACUUCUGGAGGAUUGUUUAUUCAGAACAUCACAUUGCAGGAUCAUGGUCAGUUUACCUGUCAUGCCAGUAAUCAACAUGGGUCUAUCCAAUCUACAGCAGAUAUAAUCGUGCAAGCUCCUCCACAGUUUACUGUAAUCCCCACAGAUCAAACAGUGCUGGAAGGACAUACUGUAGAAUUUCCUUGUGAAGCUGAUGGCAACCCAUCUCCUAUAAUUGCCUGGACCAAAGCAGGAGGCCAGCUCCCUCAGGAGGGCCAGCAUCUCCUUCUGUCUUCAGGGACUCUUCGCAUUGUUCAUGUGGCAGAACAUGAUGAAGGCCAGUAUGAAUGUCAAGCUGUCAGUUCUUUGGGGGUGAAGAGAGUGAUUGUCCAGCUGACUGUACACCGCAGAGUGCUUCCUGUGUUUACUCAGCUACCUCAGGAUUCAAGUGUAGAGGUUGGGAAGAAUAUAAACAUUUCAUGUAGUGCUCAAGGAGAACCUCAACCCACAAUUACUUGGAAUAAGGCAGGUGUUCAGAUCACUGAGAGUGGCAAAUUCCAUGUAAAUAGUGAAGGUACCCUUACUGUCAAGGAUGUUGGGCAAGCAGACCAGGGAAGAUAUGAAUGUGUUGCAAGGAAUCACUUUGGAUUUGCUGCUGCUAGCAUGCUACUCACAACCAUUGCAAUACAGGGCAGACAAGCUGGUGAUAACUUUGUUGAAUCAUCCAUUCUUGAUGCCAUCCAGAGGGUUGACAGUGCAAUUAACUCCACAAGAAGAAAUCUAUUUUCACAAAGACCUCGAACUCCUAGUGACCUGCUGGCUCAGUUCCGUUAUCCACGGGACCCUUUCACUGUUGAGACUGCAAGAGCAGGAGAGAUUUUUGAGCAAACACUUCAGCUGAUCCAGGAGAAUGUGAAGCAAGGCCUCACUGUUGAUUUAGAGCACCAAGAAUUUCGUUACAAUGACUUGGUGUCUCCUCACUACCUCAGCCUCAUUGCCAACCUCUCUGGAUGCACAGCCCACAGACGUUCUCCAAAUUGCUCUGAUAUUUGUUUCCAUCAAAAGUAUAGAACCCAUGAUGGCACAUGUAACAACUUACAGAAUCCUAUGUGGGGGGCUUCUAUGACUGCUUUUGAACGUAUCCUAAAACCUGUAUAUGAAAAUGGCUUCAAUUUGCCCAGGGGUGUCAGCCCAAACUCUUUUGCCAAUAAGUAUUCACUACCACUGCCCAGGACUGUCUCUACAAAAAUGGUUGGGACAGCAACCAUUACCCCUGAUGAUAGAUACACUCACAUGUUGAUGCAAUGGGGUCAAUUUUUAGACCAUGACUUGGACCAAACAGUGCCUGCAUUGAGUAUGUCUCGUUUUUCUGAUGGUCAGUCAUGCAGUUCUGUGUGUACUAAUGACCCACCUUGUUUCCCCAUCCUUAUUCCCCCAAAUGAUGCUCGAGUGGCAAAUUCACACUGUAUGUUCUUUGUCCGUUCCAGCCCUGUGUGUGGCAGUGGUAUGACCUCCUUGAUGAUGAGCUCAGUCUAUGCAAGAGAACAAAUUAACCAAUUAACAUCCUACAUUGAUGCUUCUAAUGUUUAUGGAAGUUCUGACCGGGAAUCAGAAGAGCUCAGGGAUCAGACAGAUCAGAGAGGUCUGCUUAAGAAAGGGGUAUUCGCCCCCUCUUCUGGAAAGUACUUGCUGCCAUUUUCCACAGGCCCUCCAACUGAAUGCUCACGAGAUGAAAAUGAAAGUCUGAUCCCAUGCUUCCUUGCUGGGGACCACAGAGCCAAUGAGCAGGUUGCCCUGACAGCCAUGCACACGUUGUGGUUCCGAGAACACAACCGGAUAGCCGUGGAAUUGUCGACACUGAACCCACACUGGGACGGAGAUACCAUUUAUAAUGAAGCCAGGAAAAUUGUUGGUGCGCAAAUGCAACAUAUCACAUACAGCCAUUGGCUGCCCAAGAUUCUCGGGGAUCAUGGUAUGAAGAUGCUAGGUAAUUACAAAGGGUAUGACCCCAAUGUGAAUUCAGGAAUUAUUAAUUCUUUUGCUACCGCAGCAUUCAGAUUUGGCCACACAUUGAUCAAUCCCAUUCUUUAUCGCUUGAAUGACACCUUUGGUGAAAUCCCCGAAGGCCAUCUUCCUCUCCACAAGGCUUUCUUCUCACCCUUUAGGAUCAUUCAGGAGGGCGGCAUUGACCCACUCCUCCGUGGGCUGUUCGGUGUUGCUGGAAAAUUGCGAGUGCCUUCUCAACUUCUCAAUACGGAACUGACAGAGAAGCUGUUUUCUAUGGCCCAUUCUGUGGCUUUGGAUUUAGCUGCGACCAACAUUCAAAGGGGGCGUGAUCAUGGAAUUCCACCCUACACUGACUUCAGGGUUUUCUGUAACUUAACUUCUGUGGAGAGCUUUGAGGAUCUCCAUAAUGAAAUCAAAGACCCAAACAUUCGAGAGAAACUAAAAGAGCUCUAUGGUACUCCAUUCAAUAUUGACUUUUGGCCUGCCUUAAUAGUAGAAGAUUUAAUCCCUGGCACAAGAGUAGGACCAACCCUUAUGUGCCUUUUUGUUACCCAGUUUCAACGACUAAGAGAUGGAGACAGGUUCUGGUAUGAAAACCCUGGAGUAUUCACGCCAGCACAGGUCACUCAGCUGAAACAGGCUUCACUGGCACAUAUACUCUGUGAAAAUGGUGACAAUAUUCAGCAGGUCCAGGCUGAUGUCUUCUUAAAGGCAGAAUACCCUCAGGGAUACAUGAACUGCAAUGAAAUACCAAAGAUUGAUUUGAGAAUGUGGCAAGAUUGCUGUGAAGAUUGUGGAACACGAGGACAGUUCAGAGCAUUUACACAAGAACUUAGAAGAAAACGGGCUCUUCAGUAUAGUUAUUCAGAAGAGAAAAACGAAGACUUUGAUGAUGUGAAUAACAGGUAUAACAAAAAAUUAUCAGUGGCUAAAAAUACAGAAAAUAGGACUCAUCUGUCCAGUUCCAGUUUUCCCCAGGAUUUCAGCCAUUUUGCUGCAGAAGUUCAAGAAACCAUCAUAUCUCUCAGGAAGCAGAUAAACAAGCUGGAGGCUCGCCUGAGGCAGGAGGGAUGCAUGGAUGAUAAUAGAAUUCAUCGGAGGGACAAUGAACACUGGAUGAAAGAAGACUGCAUUAGCUGUAUCUGUAAGAAUGGUCAGGUGACAUGUACGAUGAAGACCUGCCCUCCGGCAGAGUGCCUCCAUCCACAAAUGGCGAAAGGAGUAUGCUGUCCCCUCUGCGUGGGCAACGAAAAGACGGAGGAUUCCCCAGAGGAACUGUAAUAAACACUUCCUAUUACUGGAGCUCAUAAUAGGAAGGGAAGAUUCUUGCCAUUCAGUUCUGAGCAAUGGGCUAACAACUUACACUCACAUUUUGAUAGGAAAAUGCAUGCUGAUUUUAAAAAUUCAGACUAGUUUAAGCCUUCAAGCACCCUGAACAUAUUCUACCACUUUCCCUAACUUUGUCUGAAAAUUGCAAAAGUGAAGAAGGUCACAAAGCUAUACUUAAAAACCUGUGCAAUACUGUCAGAUAUCUCUGAAACUGAUUACAAGUCACUGUUCUUAGAAUCUUAAAUGGCUGCUCCUAUACUCCUUUCACUUCUCGGAUUUCAAAUCAGAAGAAUUGUAUAUUCUUAAACUUCAGUAAUGGGAGAAGAUCUCUGAUUUUUAAGUUCAGACACAUUUUCUCAGUGAGACUGAAAGCCAAAUCAGAUGGGUUUCCUACUUACUUGGAAUGGAGGUUGUGAUCAGUGGAACAUGAUCUAUAAUGUGCCUGAGUUUCUCCUCUGUAUUCUGAAUUCUACAGCAGAUAUAAAUUCCAGUAACUCAAGAGUCUUUUUUUAAAUGAAUCUAAAACAGGGCUCUAUGUUUUUGGAGAAGAAAGAAUUAGAUUUUUUAUCUCUAACUUUCACUUGAAAUGUUGAAUUUCCAGGAGCAGCUGGAUGCCUCAGUGGAUUGAGAGCCAGGCCUAGAGACAGGAAGUUCUAUGAUGAAAUCUGGCCUCAGAUACUUUCUAGCUGUGUGACCCUGGGCAAGUCACUUAACCCCCAUUGCCUAACAUUUACCGCUUUUCUGCCUUAGAGCCAAUACUUAGUAUUGCUUCCAAGAUUGAAGGUAAGGAUGUAAAAAGAGCAAACAAACAAAGCAAGAAUUGUUGUAUUUCCUUCCUUUAUAAAAAUGGCACAUAAUAAUAGCUCAAUUAUAAAUAUAGACAUUAAAGUCCACAAAAGGGGUUUAUUUCCUUCACAAGACCUUAACACAAAAAAGGCUGAGAGCCCUUAUUUUAGAGAGUUCUAUUGUGCUAUUUCAUUAAUUUGUAAUUCUUUGCAUAUUGACAACUUAGUGAAAGAAUUAGAUUGUUUCAAAAUAAUACAAAUGCUCAGAAACACAUUGAAAAUUUACUAAAUGUUAACUCAGCACAAAGCACUGCAGUAAGUACUGGAGAAGGGCUAUGAAAAUAAAUAAAAUAUGAAUGAUCUAAACAGAAAAAUCAAUCACCAUUGGGUCCAGCUCCUUUAUUGUAUGUAAUUAAAAAAACAUCUUACUUUCUGUCUUGAUAAUACCUCUUAAGACAGGAGGGCAAUGGCUAAAUAAAGGAUGUUAAGUGACUUCCCCAGGGUCACAAAGCUAGGAAGUAUUGGGGGUCCAUAUUUGAACCGAGGACCAAUGUGCUCCAGGGCAGGUGCUCCAUCCAUUGUGCCAACUAGCUGCCUCCCCUUUUAUAACUCCUUUAUUUUACAAAUUAGUAAACUGGGGUUCAAAGAAGUAUAUUGCCCAAAGUCACAGGCCCUACAUCAUUAUAAUCAGAGCCCUUUCUACUAUACACUCCCUGAUCUCUAAAUGAACAUAUGGUUUAAAGUAGAAUGUGAAAACUUCUAUAUGGAACAGGCUCUAUAAUUGUGGUUUCACCAAUUUAUGGAACUCCCAGUUGAGGAAACUUCUGCUACAAAUGGAGAUUGGCACUUUUUCUAGGAUUUAUGGCCUUAGAGUAGCCUAUAGUGUCAGCAAGCUCAGUGACUCACCCAAGGCCAUAUAGUCAUUAUUUGUCAAAGCCUAGACUUGAAUAAAGUUUUCCUGGACACAAAGCCAUCUUUCUAUCCACUACAUCAUAUUAUCUCUCAAAGCAAUUGUUUUGUGAAUCCAGAAACAGGAGAGUUUUCUACCAACUGGAGGCAAUCAAAUAAAAUUUGUGGAGAAGUAGUAUUUAAACUGCGCCUUGGAUGAUAGGAUAUAAUUUCAAAAAGCAAUAAUAAUGAGGAAGAACAUUACAGGCAGAAAGAACAAGCCUGAGCAAAACAAAAAAAGGAAGGGAAUAUUCUUUUCACAGCUCUCAGGGUGCUAGAUACUUGUGUAUUUCUCAGGAAAGAUAAAACUGAAUAAAUCCAAGAAACAAGAGUUCUUAAAGAGCUUUUCUCAUUUCAUUUGCAAAAUCAUAUUGAGAUUUCUGAGGAAUUUAAGGUUUCCAAAUACAGAUAUGCCUUGUUAUUAUUUUUCUUUAAAAACUACAACAAUAAAUCUAGAGGUGAUGAUUUACCUUUAAAAUAGUUUUUCUCUUUACAUAAGAGCCACAAGAAUCUUUCCUUUAAGCAGGGAGCUCUAUUAGUGUGUUUGUAAUAGAAUUUUAUUUACAAAACUUGAAUUUCCAUCAACAUUUUCUGAAACACAUCAAUAAUGUAAAACAACACAAAUUCAUGUGUUGUAAAUAGUGCAAAGCAUGAAACUAGAGCCAUUAAAAUAGAAGAAUAGUAUUUUGUUCCAUGUAGAAGGAAAAUUUUAAAAUAUUUUGGACUGAUAAUUGAAAUAUAAAUUUUCCAUCUUUUAGUUUGGCACCAAGUACAAAAGGAUACUCAGGGAAAUAGUUUCACUUCUUUUUACUUCUAAAUGAAUAAAAUUCAGGAUUUCUUCAUAAUUAUAUAAUUAUUAUUAUUAAUUAUGUAAAAUAAAUAUAAAAUAUGUAUUUUUUAAAAACAUUAUCAUGGAUUAAGUAAAAUGAUGAACAGAUGAAAUGGUAUGGGGAGUGUAAGGAAAACAUCUCUUCAUUUCUAAAAUGUUUAAGCCUUUCCCCUCAUUCUUCCAACUAAAAUGAAAGUGGCCCACAUUUUGUUUGGUAAUUUAUUCAUAUAUUAAGAUCAGCUAAGUGUUAUCAAUAGAAAUCUGACUUUCCUUCAAAAUAAAAAUGAUUGCAUUCAUGUGAUAAAUGAAUAUUUUAUUCCUUCUCUUCAUAUCCCACAUAUCAAAAAGCUAAAAUUUGGUGGUAAUUUUUAACUCACAGAACAGAAACCUAGCAAAAUAACCUAAAUCUGUUAUGUGAAUGUUGUUAAUCUAUUUUUCAGUUUCUCAAAGAAAAUCUCCAAAUUCAGCUUCCUUAAAGCUUAUUAUAAAUCCCUAUUGUCAUGAUUAAAAUAUAGAGAACAUAAGAGAUAGAAGGGACUUCCUAGAGCACUUAGUCCAAACCUUUCUUGUUUCUUAGCAGAAAACUUGAGCCUAGAUAAAAGUGCUUUCUCCCUUCAAUCUACACAGAGGAUUUAGAUUUAACAAAGGAAUUGAAAAUGCCUUUCCCAACAUUUCAGUGCUGACACUUGGACUCUCAACCAUAUAUUUUUGUUGUCUUAUUUCUAUGAAUUAUAUAUAUCUAGCUUAAUCGACUAUGUAAGUUGGUCACCACAACAUAAUUUGAUAACCUCCUUAUUAAUUGGAUUCGGUUAUUAAAAUGACCCCAAACAACUAGCUUAUGAAAUAAGCACUUAAAAACUGAACUGACUGGCCCUUUGUGUAAUACAUUGAUUGUUUGGCAAUUAUCUGUUAUAACAACUUGAAGGACCCAAUUGGUUCCUUUUAUAAAAAUUUGGUUUAUUUAAUUGAACUAUGUAGACAAGAUGAUAGUAUGAAUAGGUUUAUAAUUUUGUGUUUUUAUGAUUCUGUGCAUUGAAUUAAUAUGAAAAUUGAUAUUUUAAUGGCUUGGAGACAUUAAAUUCUAAAAAAGGUGAUUAGUCUAAUGUGUUAUCAACAUAUUAAAUUAGCAUGUUGUGUUAAAUAAUACUUAUUUGAAAAGAAUUUUGUAGUUCUUCUUUGUGGGUGUCUACUGAUCUCCAGUAAAAGGAUGAACCUUAGCAUAGAAUAAAUUCUCUUUAAAAGCUGACGAGGCCCCUGCUUUUCUUGAACAUAGUGAUCCUUCUGUGUCAUUAUGAUCAUUCUUCUGUAUUUUGUCUCCUGGGGUCUUUUCCCAGGUGCAUAAAGGUCAAGGGCCUGGAAAAAGGUGCACACUACUGGCCAUUUUCUUGGGCUAAGCAGCCUCAACCUCUAUAUACCCACUUUGACUCUUUUUUUGGGUAAAGGAACAUAGAAAAAUCAGAGAUGACAGCUGUGCAGAAUCUGCCAGCUGCAGACAAGUGAUUUUUUUUCCUGAGUAAAACAAACUUGAAGUGCCAUGUGAUUUGUAAAUUUUCAUGGAGAAUAUAGUAUAUUAUCACACAAUGUUUAUUCUGAAAAUAAUGCCUUACUUACACAAUAAAAUCUGUAAUAGUGCCUGAAAAACAUUCUUUAUAAUGAAUUCCUCUUUUUUAAAAACAAUAAAAAAAAAACAUCCCAGUGUUUUAGAGGAUGAGUAGAGGGAAAUGAUUUGGCCAUUUAAAAAAAUCAUUUGUGAUGUUAUUUGCCAGUUUAUAUUGAUUUAAUUUUAAGAGAUGACUGUUAAAUUUGAAUGACAAAGUUUCUUAAAUAUUUAAAGAUUCAUGUUAUGUUUUAUUAAAUGUUUUAAUAAAAUUAUGUUACGCAUCAAUAAGUUAAAUAAAUUCCUUGAUCAGUUUAUAUAGAAAUAAACUUAAAUGGCAAGGAAAAUGUUCAUUAUUUUUAAAAAAUUAGCUCUGUUUUCUUUCAAGACCAUUUCAGUAAAAAGCCUUUGCAGUAAAAGAAA